AUGGCCAAGGCGGAGAGAGCCGCCGAGCUCCCACCAGCCGAGGGCGCCGCCGCGCUGGCCGAGUCGGAGAGCGCCGCCGAGCUCCCACCCGCCGAUGACGCCGCAGCUCCUGAGCUCCCGCCUCUCGAAGCGGACGACGGCUACGACGACGGCUACGACGACGACGAGGAGGACGACUUCUUCGCGCCGCCGGCGGAGGACGCGCCCGUGAAGAGCAGGAAGCGCAAGCUCGAGGAGGCCAUCGCCGCGCAGCACGUGUCGGCGCACAGCCUCGAGCGCGACUACAAAGAGACGGCGCCCCCGCCGCCCGCGGAGGCGGACGCGCCGCCGGAGCCGACGCCCGAGGCCGAGCUCGCGGCCGCGGACGCCGCGGGCGAGGUCGCGCGCAUCCAGGCCGAGCUCGCGCGCGACUACCCCGGCCGCCACCAGAAGCCGAAGCCCGCGCCCGGCGUCGACAAGCGGUCCAUCGCCCCCGGCCAGAAGGACCGCAAGGGCAAGCCCGUGACCUUCAACAGCAAGGAGAAGCGGUCGCGCGCGGCGCGCGGCGACAACGACUACGUCCAGGAGGAGAAGCGCAUCCUGCGCCAGGCGACGGACGGCUACGCCAUGGGCUACUGA